AUGAGAUAUCCUUUCGCCGGCCGAACGGAGACUCCCAGCGAUGCAAUAAGAGAUAUGAAACCGGCGCCGAGUCCUGCCUCGGCGCAGACGGCCAUUUACAGCCCGGAAAAGAAGAUCCUGCCCCCGACUCCGGACGAGGAAGAAAGCUUUGCAAGAUAUGACUUGGUGUCAACGCAUCGCAACCUGACCAGGAUGUCUCAGUACCUCCUGAAGCUCGAAGCGCGCACCUCGACCGCAUCCAAAAUCCACGUCCGAAAGACGCUGGACGCCAUGGUGGAAAAUGCAGAAUACUCGUGUGGGGAGAAUAUGGAGCGGGGGUCCGCCUCGGGGAACCACCACCAGCAGCUGAUAUUCGACAUUGAGUGUCUGAGCAGCGAUGUGUGGGCACGGAUGCACCAACUGGACCGCGAGUUUCGACGGCUGAGCCGGGAGACGCGCGACGCCGAGACGGGGCAGUCCAAGUCGUUUGAGCUGCGCGGCGAGAGCUACGUCAAGAGGUGGAUACAGCAAGAGAUUGACCACAAUGCGCUGCGCGGGGAGGAGACCAUUUGGUACACUGUGAGGGACAUGAACAACCAGCGCUGUCUCCGCGACUGGCUAGACCUGCUCGCCGACGUGCAUAACCGCGGCGCGCAGCCCAUUGUCGACGAGGAGCGACUCGUGCAGCUGGCCUGGCAUUACCUAGACCGCAGCAUCCGUCCUCCCAAGCCCGAGAUUGCCAUGCAGACGGCCGAUUUCAUCAACUGGUGGCAUGAUCUUCGGCUCAGUGGUGCUUUUGAUGGGGCGAAGCGCGAUCCGGAUUUUCAGAGGCGCGAGGACGAAGAGGCCCUCAAGUCACUGCAAUCCACAUGGACUACAAAAAUGGCGGUUUGA